CAGAGUCACGAUAUAUCAUACGAACAUUACAAGCUAUCCCUCUCAGCCACUAUGUCGAAAUCAAAACCCUUUCCCGCCAUUCACGGUGGUUGUUUCUGCGGCUCCACGCGAUACCGUCUAGAAACCGCGCCCUUAUUCAACCAUGCGUGUCACUGCCAGGACUGCAACAAGCAUACAGGCUCCGUCUUCGCGUGCUUCACGACCAUAGAAACGGAGUUCAUCACGUCCUUCGGAAAGACGCCUCCGAAGAUCACCACUACUGUAAGACCAAAUGGCCUCGUCCGGCAUCUCGCUACUUGCGGCACGUGCGGCACGCGACUCUGGGCAUCAGGCGACAGGUCCACGGUCAUCGCGGACAUAAACACGGGCACGCUGGAUCUGCCCGAACUCAUGGAGCCCGAUGUGCAUGAAUACAUCGAGAGCAAGAUUUCAUGGGUUCUCCUCCCCGAGGGCACGAAAACGUGCAAAGGCCCGUUUGAUUACACGAAGUGGUGGCCGAAGAGCAGUCUGAAGAGGCUGGAGGCCGCGAUUCAGAGGGCGCAGGAGAGAAAGAAAUUACAGGUGAAGGUUGCACAGGCGGAGAGUUUGGACGUUGAAGAUGAGAAGGAGGCCGAUAAGACGCCUACUGCGCAGACGCCGGAUGAGAAGGAUGAGGUAGCCGAAGAUGACGAGGAGUUUGAGAGGAGGUACCUUGAGACCGAGAAAGCGCUUCAGGAGAGGCUGGAGCAAUUGAGUCUGAGGCUGAAGGUCCAUGAGAAGGUACAAGGGGAUGACUUACGCCCCGGCGUUGUUCAGGCUGCAAAAGAGCCGGCGAGUGAAUCACCGUCAGCGGAACCGAAAGAAGUGCCUGCGGCGACGGUCUCCGAGAAAUGAUGUACUUUGGGUUGCUACUAGACAUGAUUUCGUCAAGGAGGAGUUUGGUAGCGGGUCGGUGUUGACGUGUCUAAGGUAUGGGAGUUGUGAUACGAUACCACUGCAAAUUUACAAUGUCAUGAACGUC